AUGGCUGAUCCUCGCCACUACGCUGCCUACGCUGGCCGCGACAGCAGCGCCAGUGCCAGCAGCUCGUCCAGCAGCCUCGGACGACCACAACAAACACGUGCACGCGAGCCUUCCCCGCAUCGACUACCCCGCAGUGGCGCAACAUUUCCGACCAUCUUGCCCGCGCGCGGGAGGGAGGCUAUGGACCUGCUUGCCGACGUCGCUACCUCAGAUCGGGGCGCCUCAUGGCACAGAGUCCCGCUCGCGGCGCCUUCGCGAUACCGUCGCAUGAUGGGGAGCGGCUCUCCAUUGUCUUCUGACGAUGCAUAUGCAUACGACUCUGCCUUUCCCCAUGCGAGCCCUCCCAAGACCCCGAGCGAUGACGACGAUCUUCUAUCCGACGAGGCUUCCGACCGCCAUUCCUCCGCUUCGCCUUUUUCGACGCCCUACGGGUCAUAUGAGUCGCCUACCGCCAAUUACAAGCAUUCUUCCCACAUGCAUGGUUUUGACACGCCCAAGCUGCAACGCAGGUACUCAUCAGCAACGGACGGCGCAAGCGAGGGCAGAGAAGCCACUUCCUCCGCGGAACCGGACGUUAUCCACGUGCAAUUUCCCGUAACUGUCGUGGGCGGAACCGGGGCGCCCGCGGGGAAGAGGAGAAGGCAUGUCCCAGAUACGAUGCAGACCAUCGCAUGUUAUUUCUGUCGACGCCGGAAGAUAAAGUGCGGCACGCCGCAGGGAGACGAAAAGAGCUGCCCCCCGUGUGCGAAGCGGCAGCUGCCGUGCGAAUACGCGGAAAAGUCGAACCGGGGCAUGCGCACGGACCUCAUGCGCAGGAAACAGGAGGCCCAGGGCGAGCCGUACCGUACAGACUCGCCUCACGAUUCCAGCAGCGGUAGCAGUGGCAGCUCCGCGUCGCCCACCCCGCCCUCCGCACCGGCUCUGGCACCGGCUCUGACACCGGCUCAGAGUCUGAGCCACCCUUCACACGCGACCACGCGCCUCCCGCCCGUCUCCGCAUUGACGGGCGGAAACACGUUCGCGUAUCCCUAUUUCCCCGCGCGCCCGCGGCCUGUGUCGCCUUUGCCGCGGUUAUCUGAGAUCGUGCGCCCUCCGGCGUAUUCACCGUCGUACCUGGCUGUGGCGGAGAAACAGCAUGCGCAGACGUAUUAUUCCGAGGCGAGGCCUGCAGCUGUGCCUCGGGCGCAUAGGUACCCGCAUAUGCACCUCUCCGGUCCUGCUGUACAUCCCGUUCCGCGAUAG